AUGAAGAACCUUCCAGUAUUCUCUGUGCCGCACCAGGAGCAGCCAGCAAGAGUCAUGCAAUCCUCCCCAUCUGCAGCAAAUCCUUCCAAACAAAAAGCCAACAUAGCCUUUGAAGUGCAUCCCCGAGCAGAUGCCAUUCGCUCCAAGCUGAUUUACAUUUUUUAUUUGAUCGACCAUCUCCGGGGGCUAAGUCAAGUUGUCCCCCGGCACAAUGUACGAGAUUUCCUGGACCACAAGAAACUAAAGAAGCUGAUGCUCACAGAUCAUCACCAGCUGGUCCGCUUUAAUGUUGUGCCCAUCCGGAACAUUAUGGUCACCCCAGAGCAGCGCUGGCGUAACCGUAUCCAGGUGCGCUGCAGUCGCUGGCCCCCCGUCGCCAUGUGGGCUUCUGCAGUCUUGAAUAGCAAAGCGUUCAAAGGCUUCCUCAUCUUCCUCAUCUUCUUGAAUAUGCUGGUCCUCAUGAUCUCAUCGGAGAUAGACAACCAGGUUGUGAGAAUGAAGAUGGCAGUGGAGGUGAUCAUCUGGGUGAUUAUCCUUAUCUUUCUGGCUGAGAUUGGCCUGCACUGGGCUGUUAGCUUUCAGAAAUAUUGGGAAAGUCCCUGGAAUAUCUUUGACUUCACUGUCACCAUCAUCUCGUUUAUCCCCGAGUUGAUCUACCUUGCUGACAAGACCAGCAGUGUGGCAGUUGUACGCCUCCUGCAGGUUUGUCGUGUGUUGCGUUGCUUAAAGCUCUUCCCCAGAGUCCGGCAAGUCCGAGUCCUCAUUAUGGCCAUCGCCAAAGCACUGAAGGCCAUGGCCUUCAUUUUGGUGCUCCUCCUUUUCUUCUUCUAUGUUUUUGCUGUAUCGGGCAUUUUCUUCUUUGAGAGCUACAGUCGCUCAGACCGGAAGGACCUUAAGUACAACAUGUAUUUCACAGACAUGCCCAAUGCAUUGGUGACCAUCUUCAUUCUCUUCACCAUGGACCAUUGGUAUGCUCUGCUGCAGGACACGUGGAAAGUCCCAGAGAUAAACAAGGUAAUCAGUGGCUUCUUUGUCUGCCUGUGGCUUCUCAUUGGGGCAUUCAUCUUCAGGAACCUCUUUGUGGCCAUCAUGGUCACCAAUUUUCAGAACAUUCGGAGCGACUUGAGUGAGGAAGUGAAGCAGAUUGAGACGCAGCAGCAAGCAGACAAAUUUAAGAUGGAGCUGCUGGAAAAGAGGUACAGCAUGCCACAAGCGCAUAUGGACAGGGUCAGUACAACACAGGAUAAAAUGAGCAUGGGGACGUCUUCAGUUGUCCCGUCCACAGACUACAGCUCACAGGAAUUCCAUGCAGGGCCCUUGGAUUGGGAGACUUACAUCCAUAAGAACCUGCCGGGGCUGUAUGAGGCUGAUGACGAUGAGCAAGUCAUUUGGCCUCGCGAUUCCCUUUUCCGUUACUUUGAGCUGCUGGAGAAACUGCAAUACAACCUGGACGAGCGCAAACAACUUCAGCAUUAUGCUGUCCUGGCUCUGUCAAACCUGGAGGACAAGUAG